AUGAGGUGGCUUGGGAUACUCGGCCUGGUGGCCCUCUCAGAGUGCCUAGUCAUAAUCCCUCUAACGAAGAUCACAAACAGGCAAGAAACCCUCAGGGAAGAAAACCUGCUGACAAAUUUCCUGGAGGAGAACACUGUCAACAGGUCGCAAAGUGCCACUGAUGACCCAGAUAUUUCUCUUCAACCCCUGAGGAACUACCAAGAUAUGUGCUAUGUUGGCAACAUCAACAUUGGAACACCCCCUCAGGAGUUCAAGUUUGUCUUUGACACCGGCACACCUUAUAUGUGGGUGCCCUCCAUCUAUUGCUCCAGUCCCCCCUGCCGUUCACACAAUCUCUUCAACCCUCAGGCAUCCAGAACCUUCUGGCUCACAGACGAGUCCAUCGAUUUCAAGUACAGCACUGGGGAGAUUGUUGGACUUGUUGCCUAUGACACCGUUCGGAUCAUGAACCUUGUCGACCUGGGCCAGGCAUUUGUCCUGAGCAUGAACCAGAGUGGGUUGGAUCAUGCAUUCUUUGAUGGUGUCCUGGGCUUGGGCUAUCCCAGGCUUGGUCCCAAAAGCAUCACCCCUGUUUUCGACAACCUGAAGACACGAGGCCUCAUUUCUCAGUCUGUCUUUGCCUUUUAUUUGAGCACCAGCAAGGAGAAUGGCAGUGUGGUGAUGUUUGGUGGGGUGGACCACAGCUACCACAAAGGACAGCUCAAGUGGAUACCAAUGUCCCCAGUCUACUUGUGGCAGAUAAUCAUGAACCGCAUCACCAUCAAUGGAGUAGUUAUUGGUUGUCACCGUGGAUGCCAGGCCAUUCUGAAUACUGGGGCUACGUGGCUGGCUGGCCCAACUAGACUGGUCAGAGGCAUCCAGAAUCUCAUCAACGCCAUGCCUUUCGAUGGACAGUAUCGGCUUCCAUGUAGCUACAUUUCAAGCCUGCCGAGCAUAAUUUUCACCCUUGAUAACAAUGACUACCCAGUGCCUGCUGAAGCCUACAUCUGGAAGGUGAGGGGUCCUUAUAACAUCUGUGUCAGCCGGUUUCGAGGGGGCACAGAAACCUGGAACCGUUCAGAGACCUGGGUCCUGGGUGACGCCUUCUUGAGGAUGUAUUUCUCAGUUUAUGAUUGGCAAAACAAGAGGGUUGGCCUGGCUCCCGCAGUGUAA